AUGGUCUACUAUGUUCGGUUCUUGAAAACUCCCAGGACCCAGCAGCAGAAAGGCUCCCUCGUUAUCUCAGCUCUUAUCUGCAUCACCACUGAUUUGGGAGACUCUUUUCUCGCUGAAGAUGCUGAUUUGACGGUGACAGCCUAUGGGCAAUCUUCUGGGGCUACAUUUGAAAAAUCGACAAGAUGGAAUGCCAGUAAUCGCGAGCUUGCCAUCACCCUGGGUCCUCUCCCAUCCCACCUGGCCCACCAGUCUAUGGUGCUGACGGUGCAGGUACCACAGCUUCCAAGGCAAAUUGAGCCUCGGUAUCCGUCUAUACCUUUAGUUGUUGGUGCGACAAGUGCACCGUUUGGGCCUCGUUCUACGCCAGCUGAGCAGUUGGUCCUACGCCGGAUUAAGUACUCCAAUACCGCGACCAGACCAAUGGAGAUUUGGGAAGAGACAGGAAAUAGCAUUGCUCGACACAUAUGGGAUGCUGGUCUCGCAACAUGUACUUACAUUCACAUGACCCUCGAAAAAUCAAGGACGGGGAGUAAACAGAGGAGCAAAACCACCGGAUGCAAAUUACCAGCUCUAGAACGGGCGCUAUCCAUCACCCGCGACCAGCCUCUCCAGGUGGUUGAGCUGGGGGCAGGAUGUGGGAUAGUGGGCAUUGCCUUGGCACAGAUGCUUCCCAACUGCUCGGUCUUGCUCACGGACCUCCCAGAGGUCGAGGAGAUAAUAACCCGAAAUAUUAAUGCUGCCCAACCUGCCACCAUGUCCACUCUUCACUAUCAAAACCUCGAUUGGGACGACCCGCCGGAGAACCUCUGCCCCCGGCCAAUUGACCUAAUUCUUGUCUCGGAUUGCACCUACAAUUCAGACAGUCUGCCAGCGCUAGUCGCUGCACUUGACCAAUUGGUUCGGAGGUCCCCGGAGGCAAUCAUUUUGGUGGCCCUCAAAAGACGACAUGACAGCGAAACCGUGUUCUUCGAUUUGAUGCGCUCUGCAGGCUUUACAGCGGUGCGGGAUAGCAUUCACAUUCCCUCGCAAUACGAGGAGGUGGAUGAGAUUGAGUUCUAUUGCUACUGUCGAUCAACUGAGCCAAAUUAG